ACACCUCUGACAGAGAAACUCGACUCUCGGGAUCUGCUCACUGGCCUGCAAUAUGCACCUCUUGCGCUUUACAUACGUUUAGAUUUACACGCGAGAUAAUAUCGAAAAACAAAAUUAUCGCGGGGGGGGAACACUGGAUGUAAACUGGAUAUAAAUUCCCAUACAGCCAUUCCACAAAGAUAUUUUGCAUUUGCAACGCUGAUGAACAAUGUUUUGUUUGUCGAUCGGUGGCGUUGAUGAACCAACCAGCUGGUGAACUAAUUGGCGACAAGUCUAUUAGCUUACAAAACCGAAGACCACGCCUUCGGGAUAAUUGUGUAAUUAAAGUGUGAUUAAUCGAGAUGAAUCUCUACGAUGUGAUAAUAAUUUGCUCUGCAAAUUUGCAAAUAAGAGCCGUAUUCUGUGAUCGAUAUGUGAGUUGAUAUUAGCUGACGUGUCUGGUUAGUGUUCAUUCUCUGUCAACAAUUUCGCGUACAGUCCGAACUCGGUGCAACAGGUCAGUCAAGUAGUCACAAUGAUCACGAUUUGACGUGAUCUUCGUUUUUAAUUAAAAAUGAAGGCGUAAGACAAUUCAACGACAAAUCUACCGAUAACGCAACAAGCAGCAUUUAAAACAGUGAAAAAUGACGUAAGAAUAAACGUGCAGUGCGGAAAGAAAAGUGCGCACUAUCUCACCGGAAGCAAGAGCGAAAAUCCGUCAAGAUGCAGCCACUCGUCCUUCCCUUUUUGCUGCUAUCUUUAACGUGUGGUGUGAAAUUUGGCAGCGGUCAUCUGAUAGAUGGAAUUUUCACGAUGCCGACUUUGGAACCGGGUUAUAAUUUGGUGGCGGUGGUCCCACGUGGCGCCUUGGCACUGAACGUGACCGAACUCCGUCGCACGCAGAACUAUCUUGCGAUUAGAUUGCAAGAUGGUAGCUAUUUGUUGAACGGGAAUAAUGUUAUCAACUGGUCUGGCGAGUACAAAGGAGCUGGAACAACAUUUGUUUAUCGUCAUCAAAGUCCUCAGAAUUUAGAAAGCUUUUCUGCCGCGGGGCCAUUACAGGAACCUAUAGAUGUCAUGGUUUUGUAUCAGGAACCAAACCCUGGUAUUGUUUAUCGAUAUCGGAUUCCCGGAACUACAAAUUUACCGAGAAGCAAUCAUUUUCCGCAUAAUUCAGUUUCCAAUAAAGGCGUUGAGCAUAGCUUACAAAAUAGAAGAUUCAAAAAUGAGCCAGCAGUGAGUAAUGUAACGUCUCCACCGCAUUUAUCACGACGGUUUAGGAAAAGAAAAUUUAUCUGGAAAGCGAUUGGUCAUAGUGAGUGCAGCAAAUCAUGCGGCGGAGGUGUACAGAUACUCAGACACGUGUGUAUCGAGGAGCACACGCAGCAGCCGGUAUCGGAGAAGAGAUGCCAUGGGUUGGAAAAGCUGCACGAAAUUCGCCUCAGAUGUAAUACCAUGCCAUGUCUACCUAGGUGGCGCGGCGGACCAUGGAGUGACUGUUCUACUUCCUGCGGCACCGGGGUUCGCACACGGGAACUCGAGUGCGUACAGGAAUUAAGGACGUCAUUAACAAUGAGAAUCGCUGAUGGAGCUUGCACAGAACCGAUAAAUUUGCCGACGAGCGAAGCGUGCGAGAUGCCGGCGUGUGAGGAGAUUAGGCAAACGUCGACGGAGACAUCCUCUCAAUCACUGGCUCCGCAAUGGACCGUGGGUGUUUGGUCACAGUGUUCCACGUCCUGCGGCGUGGGGAGAAAAACGAGAGUCGUAACUUGCGUUACAGAAGGUGCUCCAUGCGAUCUCUCGGAAAAACCUGAGGCACAUGAAACGUGCGACUUAGGACCAUGCCUAGCGAAAUCAACGCCGCUGAACGUUGUUUCUGCGAAGCUACAGAAUCCGCAGUGGUUAUUCACUGAGUGGUCUGACCAGUGCUCGGCAGAAUGUGGCACUGGAGUUCAGACUCGGAGAGUUCUUUGCGAGACGAAUUCUGACGAAGAACAUUGCGAUGAAUCGAGUCGACCUGAGACUUCCAGAGACUGCUCGAGCAAAAGAACUUGCAGCGGUCAAUGGUUCACAGGACCAUGGGCGGAGUGUUCUUCAGACUGCGACGUGGGCGAGCAAGUUAGAGACGUCGUAUGUGUUACAACUCUUCGAGGCUCUCUACGUGUCGUCUUAGACAUGAAUUGUCCUGCGAACAAACCGGAAAGUAGAAGAUCGUGCAGAGAGCGUCCCUGCACAUCUACUUGGUUCAUAUCUGACUGGACGCCGUGUUCGCGAUCUUGUGGUAAAGGUGUACAGAAACGCGAAGUUCGAUGCCUGAAUCCAGAUGGCCAAUUACCCGAAUCAUAUCAGAUUCAUUGCCGAGAGGAGGAUCGACCAGUAUCUCGAAGAACAUGCAACGAUUAUUCUUGCAGAGAUGAUCUACGCACACCUGAAAAUUCUCACAGGGUCGUUCAAAUCCAGGACGAUUCCGAAAUAACAAACGGUGUUGAAGACAAUCCACUUUGCAAAGACAAAAUGCCUAACUGCAAUUUAGUCACACAAGCUCGGCUCUGCUCUUAUCAAUUUUAUCAAGACUCUUGCUGCCUGUCAUGUUCUCGAGGCAAGCAGGAUUUUGAAUAGAAAUCCCCCCCUCGAUCAAUCAUGUUCAUUACGAUUUUUUAAUGCAAAAAAAAACUGCCUUCAGUAGUAUUUCUCGUUAGUAUAUAUCGCCAAUUAAAAUCCUAUUUUUGUCGCCUAUUGGUACAAAUAACUUUUAAUAAUUAAUAGAUAGUAAAACUUUUGUACGUUUUAUAUGUAUAAAAGUAUAGAUAUGCAUGUGCUGCAGAGCAAUUUUAAUACGAAGUCCACGAUUUCGUUUGAGCAAGAUAUUUGAUAAAGAAACAGAAGAGACUGAUCGCGUGUAAUUGCCGGUUCGUUUUAGUGAUCUGAUGCAGCAUUUAAAUCCGCACUGUUCUCGAAUAACCGUAAAUAUAUAUAUUGAGCAUUAAUAAAUGUUACGCUUUUUU